AUAUUCGAAGAUUCAGUCUCCCUUCGUUGAUCGAUAAGACGUGUUGAAGCGCUGAAAACCCCUUGCAUCUCCGUUUUUUUUAUAAUGGGCCAAGUGAAGUGCUAUAAUAUCGCGAAUCGCCUCUACAUCCCCUACGAGGAUAAACGCUUCCUGGCCUAUCUGGUGGGUGGUCUGACAACGGUUUUUGGCACCGUAUUGUUCGGUCUGGUGGCCACGCAGAAGUUAGACGAUGAAAGUUGCCUCUCGUUCUCUUAUGUUUAUAGCUUGGAACUUCCGCUCCUGACAGUCAUUUUGAUGGUGUAUUAUAUAGCGACUUUCGCGUUCUUCUGGGGCGUUUGGCAGGAAAAAUCUAAAUAUAUUCUGCCGUUCUUCUGCCUUCUGGUAGCCACCGUCGGAUUCAUAGGUCAUGCCCAUGUCGAGCGGAUGCUUUUUGAGGUUGGCGAGGACGAGCGGCGUUUCGUUAUAGCUGCAUUUAUUUUUACUACAGGCAUGCUGGUUUUUGCUAGCGCAAUCACAUUACUGUUGUACCGGGAGAUGAGCAGUACCAGGCAGGACAAAGUGGAAUAUCUGGAGAUGUUUGUGGCGGACGGAAAGUUUUGAGCGUGAUUCCGAGUUGUGAAUGUACCUGGGUAUUAUAACAGUUAUUUCUAAAAUCAUAACCUUUGUACAUGUUAUUUUAAAUUUAAACAAAUAAAAAAAAAUAUGUUAGUCAAAACAGAAUUCAUUAUA